AUGAAAGCGGCAACAACUGCCACGGUUCCAGAGAUAUACGAUCAAUCGACACCAAGCGCGGGUGAUCUAUUGUCCAAACAGACCGAGAAGCUUCAUGCGAAGAAGAAUUCGAAUGAGCUAUGUACAUCUGAUCCAGUCAGAGUCGAGUUAACAACGCCAAAAGUCUUGGAUUACAAAGUCGGCUGGAUCUGUGCACUACCAUUUGAAGCAGCGGCUGCUGAGGUAAUGCUCGAUGAACGGCAUCCCAACUUGCCUUUUGAUUCACACGAUUCGGCAAUGUACACGCUUGGAUGCAUAGGCUCACAUAACGUAGUGAUUGCUUGCCUACCGGCAGGGCGACCUGGAACUUCCGCUGCAACGGCUGUAGCAAAAGGGAUGCUCGAGAAGUUUCGCAGAAUCAGAUUUGGUUUCAUGGUAGGUAUAGGUGGUGGUGUGCCUAGCAGCAGAGAUGACGUUCGGUUAGGGGAUGUGGUAGUCUCGAGCCCACAUAUGGAUCACGGAGGCGUGGUCCAAUAUGAUUUCGGUAAAGCAGAACAAGGUGGAGUGUUUCGCCGCACUGGUUCCCUCAACAGCCCACCUACAUUGCUCUUGCACGUGGUUGACCGAGUUCGAACCAAUCAUGAGCGAGGUAGACGAAUGUACCCAACCCACAUGGCACGUUAUGUCGAGGAAGACAUGGAAGAGUACACAUUACCACAGCACGAGCUAGAUGUACUCUUCGAUGCUACUUACCCUCACACCGGAGACUUCGACUGUGCCAACUGCGACCGCGAUCGAAUAUUACAUCGACGCGAAAGAAACACCAAGAAUACCACCAUCAAAAUACACUACGGCACUAUCGCGUCCGGUAAUCAAGUGAUCAAAGACGCUCAGACACGAGACCGUAUUGUCAAAGACCUUGGUGGUCAAGUCCUGUGUUUUGAGAUGGAAGCCGCAGGAUUGAUGAACGAUUUUCCAUGUCUGGUGAUUAGGGGUAUAAGUGAUUAUUGUGACUCCCAUAAGAACGACGGGUGGCAGAGAUAUGCGGCUGCCAGUGCUGCGGGAUAUGCACGGGAGUUGUUGCUUUUGAUACCAUCUGAAGAUGUGGCGAGAUAG